AUAGUUCCCAAAUUUCGGCCUUUUUAUUCUAUUUCGGCCGAUAAAUCCCUGAACCUCCCAUAAACCCCACACUCCCGCCGCAGCUCACAGUGUCGCAGCCCUACUUCCGACGAGCAGCCAAACCCAGCAACUCUCCUUCACUCAAAUGGACAUUGAUUCCGAUUCCCAGAAAAUCAAUAUCAAAUCGCAGGAAGCAGGCGACCCGCCAGUUCCCAUGGACUCUGAAAACUCGUCUGCCAUCAAAAAGAAUGAUGGGAAAGAAAGUGAGGAGCUUACUAAUUCAAUGAAGAAACUCCAAGUUGAGGAAUCGUCUUCUGGAUCAGGGCAGGCAGCAGUGUCCAACUUCAAGAGAAAACCGGUUAUUGUAAUCGUUGUGGGCAUGGCAGGGAGUGGCAAGACAACCUUUAUGCAUCGGUUGGUUUCACACACACAUGAAUCGAACAUUCGUGGCUAUGUGAUGAAUCUCGACCCGGCUGUGAUGACUCUCCCGUUUGGUGCCAACAUUGACAUAAGGGAUACUGUUCGGUACAAGGAGGUGAUGAAACAGUUCAAUCUUGGACCAAAUGGUGGGAUUUUGACUUCACUCAACUUGUUUGCUACCAAGUUUGAUGAGGUUGUCUCUGUCAUUGAGAAGCGAGCGGAUCAGCUUGAUUAUGUUCUUGUGGACACUCCUGGUCAGAUUGAGAUAUUCACUUGGUCGGCUUCUGGUGCUAUCAUCACAGAAGCAUUUGCUUCAACAUUUCCCACUGUAAUCGCGUAUGUGGUAGAUACGCCUCGUUCAGCUAGUCCAGUUACUUUUAUGAGCAAUAUGUUGUACGCUUGCAGUAUCCUUUACAAGACAAGGCUGCCUCUUGUGUUGGCAUUCAACAAGAUUGACGUUGCUCAACAUCAGUUUGCUUUGGAGUGGAUGGAGGAUUUUGAGACAUUUCAAGCAGCGGUGAGUGCAGAUAGUUCAUAUUCUUCAAAUUUGGCUCAGAGCCUCUCCCUUGUGUUGGAUGAAUUCUAUAAGAACUUGCGGUCUGUUGGAGUGUCUGCGGUUACUGGUGCUGGAAUGAAGGAUUUCUUUAACGCCAUUGAAGCAAGUACUGAUGAAUACAUGGAAACUUAUAAGGCUGAUCUGGACAAGAGACGGGCAGAGAAGCAACGAUUAGAGGAGGAACACAGAAAGGAGAACAUGGAGAAGUUAAGGAAGGAUAUGGAGAAAUCCAGGGGAGAAACUGUGGUCUUGAGCACCGGUUUGAAGGACAAAGAUGAGAGGGGUAAAGCCAUGAUGGAUGAGGAUGAAGAAGAUGAAGUUGAAGAGGAAGAUGAGGUUUUUUCUGAAGAUGAGGAAGGUAUAGAUGAAGAUGAAGACGAAGAGGUUGGCAGGUUCUCAUUUUAGUGAUGCUUCGUUGCUGGCAGAUGUUUUUUGGAUUGUAAAGUAUUAACUCGCUAGUUAUUAGUUACCAAGGGAAUGGAUGCCGAUGCUAUCACUUGGGGGUGGACGUUGGUAAAGGAGUAUUUUUUUUCAUCAAUUUGUUUGGAUGUAAACUUUGUUGGUGAAAAUGCAAUGAAAUUGGUUGUACAAUGCA